CAAAAUGCACGAGCUGUUCCACCGACCAUCCGAGAAGUACUUGCUCUCAUCUCGGGGAAUUCCAUCAAACACCUCUCGUUCUCAAUGAAGUCCUUCAUCCUUCUUGCGAUCCUCUUGCUGUGCAUCUCCAUCGCCCCAACACGCAGCACCACCACCGCCGAUCCUCAUCUGCCUCGCCCCCUCAUCCUCCAAUUCCCCUCCGUGGAUGCCGAGAAAGAAGACCUGAUCAUGUGGUGCCAGAGCUGGAGGUUUGCCGGAGAGGCUAACAAGCUCGCCCCCUGGAAAUCAGUACCGGAGGAUUGUGCUGCCUAUGUCAAGGACUAUGUCACUGGUAAGGGUUACAGAUUCGAUCUUGAGAUUGUUGCCACCGUGACCUUGGCCUAUGCUAGGUCUUUUGAGCUCGCUGAUGAUGGCAUGGAUGCCUGGGUUUUUGACAUUGAUGAGACUUUGCUCUCAAACUUGCCCUAUUAUUCUGAUCAUGGCUUUGGCUUGGAGAUUUUUAAUGAGCAAGAGUUUGAUAAAUGGGUGGACAAGGCAAGCGCUCCUGCAAUAGAAUCCAGCUUGAAGCUGUAUGAAGAAAUUCUUGGCUUAGGUUUUAAGAUUUUCUUAUUGACAGGUCGGAGUGAGAACAAGAGAAGUGUCACUGUUGAAAAUCUCAAGAGAGCAGGCUUUGAAGAUUGGGAGAAGCUCAUAUUGAGGGAGAAGCAUGACCAUGGAAAAACUGCGACGAAAUACAAAUCAGAGAGAAGAACAGAGAUAGCAUCAAAUGGAUACAGGAUCGUCGGAAACUCUGGUGAUCAAUGGAGUGACUUGUUGGGCUAUUCCCUAAGCAACCGAUCUUUUAAGCUGCCAAAUCCUAUGUAUUUUAUUCCUUAACUGAGAUUGAAAGUUACAUUCUCUCACCAUUGGAUUAAAAGUGAAGAUUUGUAUCAUAAUAAACAACAUCUUCUUCACAUGUGUGUCUUAGAAUUCAUGUACUUGUAUCAAAAAUAUCAAUUCUAAUGCACAUAGUUAUCCAAAAUAUUAUCCUCUAGACAAUUUGAGGGGAAAUU